GAGGCGGACGACAGUGAUGGGGCACGACGGCGCUCACCACCCGCCCGCAUCGCGCGAUGCGAGGAAGAAGAGGGGGAACCGGUCCUCGGCGAAGCUCAAGCAGUGCAAGCUCGACGCGCGCCGCGAGCAGUGGCUGUCGCAAGUCAAAGACGGGAAGGAGGCCGCAACUACGGUUCCGGCUGUGCCAACGGUUCCAGGAUCAGGCAAAGGCGCAGGGUCGAAUGCGGGUUCGCCAAUCCUUGCCUCGCCGCACCCUCCACUCCCCCGCCGGCGCAGAGAGGAUGCUGGUGCCGCCGGUCAAGACAUAGGCGGCAGCAGCGACUUCGACUCCCCGAUGCCCAGCCCCGGCUCGGACAACUCCAGGGGCGGCGGCUGCGCGCGGAGGAAGCGCUGCUCCAGCACCGGCGGCGGGCCCAGCCUCAGCAGCGUCAGCAGCCUGUGGUCCAGUUCCAGGAGCGUGAGCGAUGCCGAGGACGACGACACGGGCAGCGGCCCCGACGAGGAGAACGGGGUGCUGGACGACUGGGAGGCUGUCGCCGACGCGCUUUCGGUCGACGAUGACAGCAGCCACUGCCACCAGAGCAUGACGGCCCCAGCAGCUCCGAGGAACUCGGCGCCGCCGGCGAAUGCAGCGAAGAGGACAGAACCGAUCCGCAGCAACGCGAGGGCUUGGAAACCUGAUGAUAUGUUCCGUCCGCAGAGCUUGCCCAGCAUUUCCAAGCAGGCCAGCUUCCCGACAGGUAUCGGCAGCUGCUGGGGGAUGCGUAUGGGUGCGGCACAUCAGAGCACUCUCCCUUCGCCGGCAUCGUGCCCGAUAUGCUACGAGGAUCUUGACCCGACGGACUCGAGCUUCCUCCCCUGCCCGUGUGGGUUUCACCUGUGCCUCUUCUGCCACAAGAGGAUCCUCGAGGCAGAUGGACGCUGCCCAGGGUGCAGGAAGCAGUACAAUGCAGUGCCUGCUGGAGGAGGAGGAGGAGCAACAGCACCAGUGCGUAUAUCUCGCUCUUGCAGCAUUGGUCCGAGACGCUAGGCUGUGCCAGGGUUAUAAUAGCUCUAUGCUGUAGUUCUGCUUUGCAUGUUACUACUGUCGGACAUGUUGGUUUCGCUGCGUAUCGUCUGCUUUUGGUAUAAAGAAAUGUGAAUAUUCGAAUAGAUGCUGAAUCCAUCAGUCUCCAGAAACUCGGUAUCCUUUUUUUUGGCUGUUGCAUUGUGUGCGAUGCAUAUGUUGCUGGAGACUGGAGUACCCCUUUUGUUGUUGACAGUUCGUGAAUCAUAUAUAAUAGCUAUAUAAGGUGACUGAUAUUUCCUUGUCAA